CCCAUGAAAAGGCCCGGAUGUGGGUGUGGCGGAUGACGUCAAUGGGCCAAGAUGGCUGCUGCAGUGGCGAUGAAAAGUGGGGUAUCCGCUGAUUUUAAGAAGAAAACCGGACAAAUGGCGAAGGGGAGCUCGUCUGAAACAUCAGCAAACAAGUACUGUGCCUACAAGGACUGUAAGGAGCAAAAUCAAGUGUACACUGCUUGCGACCGCUGUAUGGAGACAUUUUGUGACAAGCAUUCCAACAGCACUGUUCAUCGCUGUUUCAGGGAAAUAGAGGUGGCGGAAGGAGUAAAGAUCAGAGGAGACAAGACAACCAAUGGGGACCUGGCAGCCGAACAGGACCAGAUGGAUGAAGGGAUGGAUGCAGGACACGAGAAGCGAGCGUUCCAAGACGAGCCCGUAGACCUCUCCAUGAACGGGGUCAAGGCGACGAAACUGUCGACGCUGUCCGGACACGGUGCGACGUUAGGCGAGAUGAUCGGGCGGACGAACCUGCAGCACAUCGUGGUGCCGCUGGUGUCUCCGCCGGUCCUGCCGCACUCACAGGUGGUGGCCACGUUACCGCUGACGGUGGUCACCACGCUGGCUCAGACCCUGCCCAUCACCACAGUCUCCAUACACGACCUCAGGAGUAACCUCGCUAAAGGCUCAAGUGAUGACAUCGCCAUCCCCGUCCCCACAUCGUUCACCAUCCCGUCAGCAACUAACAGUGACGGCCACGACGACAUCCCGACCGUCACGCUGGACACGGUCAACAAGACCGGCUCGUCUGCUCUCAUCAACAUAGCAGAGGCAGCAAACAUGCCCCCUGCCCACAUUGCGUCUCUAAGACAGCGGAUUGAGCUGGAUCCUCAGGACGAGCUACAGAAGAGAAGGCGAGUCCACAAGUGUGACUUCGAAGGCUGCAACAAGAUCUACACCAAAAGUUCCCACCUCAAGGCACACAGGCGUACACAUACAGGAGAGAAGCCAUACAGAUGCACGUGGGACGGGUGCACGUGGAGAUUCGCCCGCUCCGACGAACUAACACGGCACUACAGGAAACACACGGGCGCGAAGCCCUUCAAGUGUGACAAGUGCGAGAGGUCGUUCUCUCGGUCCGACCACCUGGCGCUGCACAAGAAGCGACACUGAGGUCAGGGGUGAAAGGCCGCAGGUCAGAGUUGAAGACCAAAGGAUGUCAACUUUAUUUUGGCAGUGAAGACAGCUGGGUCACCAGGUGGUUGUACUAGGACCCAAGUAACCUGAAGGUCAAAUGUGAUCAUUGAAAAGUGAAAUUGUGGCCAAGGUCGAAUCUAACGCUGUUUAGAUUGUGAAGGUCACGGUGUUGACACUUGUGACAAGGUCAGGGUAGUACUACACUUGUAUGUUUGUUAUUCUUGACAAGGCUCAGUUUGCAGGAGAAACUGAGGAGGGUUGUUUAGGAGAGUGACUGGCCACUACAGACAGGGUGUCAUCACCUGUGCUACGAUGUGUGUUUGACUGUUCUCAUGUACGUGUAUGUUUGUGUGUCGUUUGGUUGGUUGGUUGGUUGGUUGGUUGGUUGGUUGGUUGGUUGGUUGGUUGAUGAGGAUGCCAUGGUAUGAAAUGUUUUACAAGUCUUCCCGUAACCCUGUAGGGGAGUUCCCGGGUGCCUAGAUGCACCCAGGAAUAGUCUGGUCUCAAAUCUGGCUGGUCCAAUACUGUAUUUGGACAGGGUUUGUAAGUUGCAUGGAUUGCAGUACUCUCCCUUGCCAGAAGGGGGCACUUCUGUGUGGAUGAUGAAUUUUGUCACCACUGGUAGUACUAGACAGAGGGACUGGUAACAUUUAUACUCUAAUAGAUGGUUCAGUGAGGACACCAGCAAUUGUGUAUACUUUGUAACCUUUAAAGAAAAUGUAAUGAUAUCUAGAUAGUAGAUAUUAGGAGAAGUUCACUUACUACAAAGACCAAUCUAGAGUGUGUCUUAUACAUAUAGUGUGCAGUAUCAACUUCACAUUUUACAACUUGUAACAAUGGCGUCUUUUAAGAUUCUUUUGUUGUUUUUUUUUACUCUUGCUUUAUUACAAGGAUGGGGAAGUCAGCACUGGUGCUGUUCUUUUACCCUGUUGCAACAAUAUAGAGGGCUUGAAAAGCCAUCUUAAGUUUUGGUUGGCGCCUGUUUCAUGGGUGCCAGUUUUGUACCUGCAGUUUAUUACUGAUUGCUAGGUGGUGCUUUUAUCAGUAUUCUGAAGGUCAUUGAAGGCAGGAACUUUUGUGACCUACAUUUUAUGACAGUGGUGUAAGUAAGCUGUAUGUUAAUUUCAGUAAUUUGCUUGCCUCAUGGUUAAUUGAUUAACAUCAUGUUGAUAUUUAAUCAUACCAUAUUUGCAAAAGGAAAUCUAGCCAAGACAUGUAUGAUUUUGUCUUGCAUAUCAUGUACAUAGUAGUGAAUUCUUAUGCUGUAUAACGAUUUUAUUGCUUAACUGCUAAAAGCAUGUAUUUCAUCUACAACAAAUUUUAACAUAUAACCAGAAUUUAUGAUAUUUGAUUUUUUUUUCAUUCCCUCCAAGCAUCAAAGGAUUCUUUUAAAAAAACUAUUAAUAUCCAUAUGUAGUUUUGAUGUCUGAUGCUGGCCACUGGUAAUGACUGUAGUAUGAAGUCUUGUAGUACACAAAACAAUACAUGUGCAACCAUCCAGUGGCUUGAUUAGCUACAAUUACCAGUAUCCUGGAUGACGCAUCUCUGCUGAAUGGUGUAUUUUUACAUUUAUACCAUUUCAUGGAUAGUCAAUUCACCUUAUGGUAUUAUGUGAAGUCAGUAGACUUAAUGUUCAGGCCAUCUCUCAGCCCAUAGGUCAAUGUUCACCACUAUUUUUGUUUGAGGCCUCUAAUA